AUGACUCUGGUAGGAGUCGCGCCUAGAGCACCAAAUUCUCAAGGAUCAGCGUCUAGAAGACCUGGUUUUCAAGGAACCACUCUUAGAGCGCCUUAUUCUCAAGCAGCAAAGCCUAGAGAGCCUGGUUUUCAAGUAGCCGCUGCUAGAGCGCCUGAUUCUCAAGGAUCAGCGCCUAGAGAACUUCCAAUGCCAAGUAGCCGAGCCUUGAAAUCCUAG